AUGAUGAUGAUGAUGAUUGGUGGGGCGAAUGCUUCUUCAGGAGCUAUGCAUGUGACUAUGGCUUCUCUACGAACUUGUGGCAGGUAUGUAUUUGAUGGUCGAAAUGAAUGUUUGAGUGUUUAUGGAAAAAGGAAGAUGAACAAUUUGCUGGCUACAACUCGAAUUGCUGCACUCGAGAAACGGAGAUUGAGCAUUUCACCUGCUUGUUCUGCUUUGGCAGAAUCCCGGAAUUCGCCUAGAGCCAGCUUUUAUAAGGAGGUCCUUGAAGCUGCUAGGAAAAAAUUUACAGAGGAGAUAUCUUUCCAGUCUAAGGACAAAGAUCUCUCUCUUGCAAAGGCUUUGCUUUACGUUGCUAUUGAAGAUGAGGCAUUUUUGGCUUUCAAUCGUGAGAUGGAUGCACUUUCACUCCAAAAUGAAAGGAGAGAUACAUCAUCACCUUCCAAUGUCAAAGAGUGGGACCGCAUGGAGGCUGUGCCUUUAGCUGGAAAGAAUAUAAAUGAGUGGCUGGUCGAGUUGGAUGCCAUUGCAAAGGAAGUUGAAGCAGAGAUCGUUUCAAGAGAUAUAGGAUGUGAUCUGGUAGAAGUUCUUGAUGCUGUGAACAAAGUUCUGUUUGAGUUGAGAGGUUUUAAAAGGUCAUCUGUACUGGUAGAUUCAAAAUGUUUAUACUUGCACUCUGUAUUAAGCUCCAGAUGUGCCAGCGCAAUUUUACUUGGUGUUAUCUAUAUUGAGGUUUGCCGAAGACUUAAUCUGACCGUUGUUGGAUCUCAAGUUGGAGAAGAAUUUUUGAUAUGGCCUCAAACAGGGAACCUUGAGGAGCUAUCCAAAGAAACUUCUGGACACAUCUUGUUUGGGGUUGUCAAUGGGAAGUGUAUGGAAGACCCCCGAUCUAAGGCCUCUGACAUAAAUAGUAAUUCACUUUUAGGGCUCGACAUUGCAACGAACCGUGAUAUCAUUGGGGUUGCUUUGGGCAAUUUGAUUACGCUUCACUGGAAACGGGCAUCGAGAACAAAUUAUGGACUGAUGUGGACUUCACCACUUAGUUCUGUUCAUAAUGCUGAUGAGAAAUUUAACAAGAACGAUUUUUCAAAUGUCCCUUUGUUGCGGCCUCGGGAACUGAGGCUCGCAACCAUGGCUUCCGAGAGAUUGCUGAUUCUGCAGCCACACAAUUGGGCUUUCAGGAGAGACUAUGGCAUGAUGUUGUACUAUAGUAGGGACUACGAUGUGGCAGUCCAAGAACUUAGCAUCUGCAUGGCAUUUGCCCCAGAAGAAGAGGCUGAAGUUCUAGAGCCAUUUGUUGAGAAAUUACAUCUAAUGCGACUCGAAUCGUCAUGGGAAUCUCCGGGGCAACAAGGACGGUUAACCGUUCCAUGA